UUCCUUCGUUUGGAACAUGUCGGUCUCUCCGGUGGUCUUUGUCCCCAGAGGAGAGGACGCCGUGCUCGGUUGCUCCUUCACUCAUCCUUAUCAACAGCACUACUCGGGGAAGAUCGCUGUGAAAUGGCUCGCUAGAGAAGCACGCGCGCCGCCGUUCUUCAGCUGUUCAGUUAACAAUGACUCCAUGGAGGGACGCGUUGGAUGCUCAGAUUCUGAGUUAAAGUAUUCCCUGGAGGGAGACCCUCGUCGGGGGGAGCUGUCCCUCCUCUUCAGGAAGGUACAUCUGGGGGAUAACGGGACGUACUUCUGCAGGGUGGAGUUGGAAGGAGCGUGGCAAAAUAUCCAAAAAAAGACACAGCUUUAUGUAACAGUUAAGCCCCACAUCCUGAGCCUCUCUGUGAUUGAGGCGAGCUCCGGCCCAGACGGCGCCCCCCGGAGGCUGCAGUGUGAGGCGGAGGGCCACCCGCUGCCGACCGUCACCUGGCUGCCGGCCUCCACGAGCCUGAUGGGAGAGCAGGUCCAGACCUCCCAGGCCGGCCCGUACCGGCUGGCCAGCUCCGUGCCGUACCUGCAGGAUGACGUGUUCACCUGCAGGGCGGAGAGCCGGCUGGGUGCAGCAGAGCAGACGUUUCCAGACCAUAAUACUCUGAAGAUAACUCUGACUGUGGGUGGCCUCAUCGUGCUGCUGCUGCUGCUAUCAAUCGGAUUCUUCUGCUACAUGAGAAACAGAGCUCGAGUCGACUCUCCUCCUGUUUACGGAAAUGCUGACGUAGUGGAGAAUCAUCGGCUGCAGGACUCUGACGUUGAGCUCCAGCUGGUUUAUUCCACUGUCAGCGUGACUGAAUCCACUUCCUCUCAACAUGGUCGUUUCCAUAGCUGCAGAGGACAGCAGGAGGAGCCAGCUGCUGCUUUAAAACCCCAGAAGCCUCUGAGGUUUGACGGUGUAGCUGAGGCUUUCUCUGUGGCUCGCCACCUCGCCACCUCGCCACCUCGCCACCUUGCCUCCUCGCCACCUUGCCACCAUCUCACACUGAAACUUUAA